UUCUCGAAGAAGCUGUGGACCUGUAUUAUACUUAUAGACUGCGCAGCCGGGGGCAAGCUGGGGUAUAAGUAAAUUUCUGAUCCGGCCGUGUGCCUCUUCUCACUUGUUCUCCUCACCUCACUAGAGUCACCGCUCCCUCAGACAUUCCAGGCUACAUAAGUAUCACAUUUUCACUCAGUACAAUUACUAUGUCGCUCCGUUUUUACAACUACGCAAACAGCGGAUCACCAUCUGAAUCCUCUGCUGUGCCGGGGCCUGGGGGCCAUUCUCUCGAAGAGAUGUUCCUGUGUAUGUGGGGUUAUCCACAUGUGCUGCAUUGCAACCAGUUGAUUCGCGGCUAUGAUCUUGCUGCUCACUUGCGUGAAGUUCACGGAAUUCGAGGCUCGGGCAAGUUGCGCGUCGUGUGUAAAUGGGAACAUUGUUGUCUGGAGCUCAACAAAGCCAGCCUCGCUGGACAUGUGGAAGAGACGCAUAUGGGGAUUGCAUACUCCUGCGAGUGCGGGAAGAUGUUCUCGCGCAGAGACACUCUUAAGAAACACAGGAAAACCUGCACUGAGCAGUAUGUAGAUCCGGGGAGUCUUGGAUAGAUGUCGGCGUGCGUCUAGAUUAUUCUCACUGCUUGACCCGUUGCAGUAGGCCACUGCUCACUAGUACUGUACUUGGCGUUUAUUCACUGUCAUGACUUCGGUCAAUAUUUCUCCGGAUCUACAUAGGGUUAUUAUGAUCCGAGAUUAAUACGUACCACAUCUGAGAGACAGCCUAGUUUACGUUCACAUUUGAAACUUUCUUCAGCCAUAAGCGUGCGCUCUCAUUGGUGGAGAGGUACUUAGGCGACGCUAGGCGCUCGGCUACAUACAGGCUUCCGUUUGAAAACAAGAUCAAAACUUGUUUUGACCGGUUCGACUUUUUUAGAUG